UCGCCCCAAUAUAGAACCUAAGAUUCAGAUCAAAUUUUCCAUCCCCCGCCCCUACACCUCAAACGAUUACUGGACACCCUCCCGGUGUGCCAAGAUUUUAAUAGAUCUAUGUGCAGUCGGUUAAAUUGUAGAUUCGUUCAUUUAACUGAAGAUGACAAGGUCGAGGUGAUUGAUCAACGUGUUGCUGUCUGCCGUGAUCAUGCUAACAGCCAGUGCCGCCGCAAACAGUGUAAAUACUAUCACAUACCCAUUGUCCUGCCGCCGGCCAACAUCAUGGCUGCCAUGAUCACAAAUCCAAAUGACCAACAACAGCAGGCGGCGGCGGCGGCUGCUGCUGCUGCUGCCGGCCCAAAUUCUGGCUUUAAUGGUGCUGGAAAUUUGAUCAUCAUUGAGCCGCAGCAACAGCAACUGCAGCAGCAACAACAGCAACAACAGCCACAGCCGCUACAGCAGCAGCAGCAACAACAGCAGCAGUACAGCUACCACAGCAAUGGCAACUACUACCAGAACAAAAACAUCUAUCAGCAGCAGCAACAGCAGCAACAGCAGCCACAUCAGCAGCAACACAUCACCUACCACUGCAGCUCCCCCUACUCCCCCUCGUCGGCCUCAUCGUCAUCAUCCUGCUCGAUAGCCACCUCGCCCACCCUCUCGUCGGCAACGACAAUGUCCACCACAUCGACAGCCACCAUUCCCACGCCCCAGCAGCAGUAUGCCGCCGCCCCCACAACGACCACCUACUUAAAGGCGGCCCCGGCCUACUAUACCGAUGCCACGCCCACUCUGGUGCUGAGCAGCGACUACAACUCGAACUGCAUCCCCAUACAGGCGGCGCCGUUCAUCUCGCUGCAGGCGGCCCCACAGCCGCAUCACUUGCUAAAGUACACCACACAGCCGGCUAUGGGGCAGCAGCAGCAGCAUGCCACCUAUGUGGGGCACCAUCACUAUCAGCCCCAAAUGGGGACAGUGGUGGCCACAACAGUGACGGCCAUGCCGGCCACCACGAUCAGUGUGGCGCCAGCAGCAGCAGGAGCAACAGUGGUGGCGCCAUCGACAUGCAUCUAAGGGCCGUCACGGGUGGGCUGAGGGGAAUUUUUUCCAUUAACAAUCCCUCACAAUAAUUUAUUUAUUUCGAAUCCUUUGCAUACAAAAGUCUCCACACAUCACAUCACCUAUAGAUACUUUUCUAACAUAAAAAUAUAGUAUGUAUUUACAUAUAUAUUCCACAUGCCACACAAUCAUUGAAAUCGAAUCAAAAACAACUUUGGAGGAUUUAAAAGUCUACGCAUGAAAGGGAAAAGUCUCCACACACACACACACACACACACAAAAUGAAAAUUUAAAUUAAAGGUUGAAAAUGUAACUAUUUACAAAUCCAAGAGAUCUUUUUCUUACUUAAAGCAAAGACUCGUGUGUGUGUGUGGCAUGCAUCAAGUGAGGAAAAAUAUUGAGUGAUGACUCUACAAUAUUA